AGUACAAAGUAGCAAGCAUUUAAGGUGAUCCUUAUCAUGAAGUAGUAUCUACAUGAAAGGUCGUACAGUAUGCAAUGUCGUGAAGGAACAACAAUCUGAUGUAGUGACAUAAAAAUCUACGUACAACUGCAACAACAAGUAGCUCUCAACAUCUUCUAGUAGAACCAACGCCCCGGGAAGAGAGCAAGAACAUGUCGGCCAGCUCAUCCGGACCCUCGGUCCGAAGGGUCGUGAGCGGUAAAAGGGAUCGAGAGAAAGUAUGCGACUUGUUCCAAGCCGUGAAGAGCGCCAAGGGCCUAAAAUCCACAUCCUUCAACACCGUGAAGGAAGUGACUUACAGUCUCGACACCCAGUUUUUGACACUCGUGGUCGAAGAUGACAAGGGAGAAAUUGUUGGGUAUUGUUCCUGUGGUGGUUUUAGAAGAUGAUAAGUACAAAUAAUAAUAAUACUACUCUACCUUCCUCGGCUCUUUUAAUAAUUUUCUAUUUUCCUAGGGUCGUUCUUUUUUCUAGUCAGGUCGGCUCCGCCAAAAACAAUACUACUCUUGUUUUUACAUCUGCUGGGGAUCAACCUAUAAUUGCUCUUUUUCUCUAGUACUAGAAGACUGGGCUGAGGCUUCUGAUAGAUAUCUAUGGGCUGAUUUUUUCAUCAUGAUCAGAUUAUGUUACAGUCGUAGAAGAAAAGUUUUUUUCCGAUCCGCAUGAAGUACGUAUCUCCUACGGAAAGAAACCUUAUCUUCGUGACAACUAAUCAAUCCUGACCUACCAUCAAAAAAUAAAAACAACCAUGACCAUCCUCCAAAUCAAAAAUAAACAGGUAUUGCUCUCUCGAAGCCUGUCCUGGCAUAAACGCUGCGAAAUUGAGGAACCUCAUAGCUGCCGACAAAUGGUUAGAACAAGUGGACGCAAAUAAGUACACACUAGCGAACACAUUGUGGUUCAAUGACUACAUCGGCCUCGGAACCUCGGAGAUAGCGGCGAUCUGCACCUUCGUUUUCUCCCAGCCAAGACUCUGUGUCGAAUAUCUUUUGGCGGUACUUGUACUUUUAGUUGAAUGCUAGUACUACAUACUGCUUCUUUCUUUUUUAUUUUCACUCUCUCUCUACCCAACAUUGCUUCUAUCUUCAUUUUCUGAAUCUAAAACUGUUCAAAUGUUGUUACUUAAAAAGUAGGUCUUCCUCACCCAUCCUUCACUUCUCUGCUGCAUCCUUUCAACAAACAAGAACAACAGACCGAGCGCAUCGGCCACCCGAAAACCCUGUUCUGCGAUGAUAACGAAUUUACGCCUAUUCCGGAGUCGACCGAACUUGCUGACUGGCUAAAUCGCAUCUACCAGUCUGAUGAGUGCCUUAGUGUCCUUGGAACCAAGAAGGAUAAGUUCAUCGAAGGCCUCAAAAUCCGUAUGGCCAGAGGCGAAGACCAUGAUGCGUUGGUGGCGGUACUAUAUUUUUCCUUUCGCUGUAACUACUUACAACUACAGGAGGAGAGAAACUACAAGCUAUUUUGAUAGUUAUUUACUGAGGUGAAUAACUUUUCGCUGUAACUACAACUACAGGAGAGAAACAAGUUUUACUAGCAGUUUACUGAUGAUAACUAGUUUACUGAAGAGGUGAUCAGUUGAUGUUGAUAUUGAUUGUACUUAGUCGUGUACCAACCAGAACAACGGAAGGAGACUUUCUUGAUGAAGUUGAAGAUAGCGACGAUGACUUUGUCGAAACCCAGAUUGCAAACCAAAGAGGACCUAAUGAAGUCAUUGUACUUAGGAAUAGGGUCAGGGAUGAUGUGAAGAAUGCAAUGUGGUAACCUCUAAACUUAGUCACUCUCUGACUCACUGACACUGUCAGCUGAAGAAACUGCACUCUCUGACUCACUGUCAGCUGAAGAAACCUACAGGUCUUCAACUCCCAAUCCGAAGUCGUGACGGAAAUAUACGGUGAAUAUUUCCUUGCGGAGUUGAUGGAGUCCCAGGACAAGGAGAACAAAGCCCUCGUAGCGGAAGUUGAUGGGCAAGCUCGAGGUUUGUGCUGUCUCACAUCCGACGUUGAUGUCAACGUGUUGGCUUAUGGCUCUAUUUACUGUUUGAUGAGACUAGAUGAAUUAUAGAAGGAGUCCAUAUUGUUCAGAUGCACGACGUAGAAGGGACCGGAGCCACGACCUUCAUAAACCCGACGCUUCAGCUGCUCUUCUAUUCCUUCGUAUGAGAAGCACCGAUCCUCUUUAAUAUCUUAUUUGUCACCACAGUGUUUCGAGCUACGAAUCAUUCGUCACCACAAUGUUUUUUAUUACUUUUCUAAGGACCACAAUGUUUCGAGCUACUGCCAUACGACAACCUGCUGAAAAGCAAAUACUGGUCCAAAGUGUGCGCCCAGAUGUACAAAGAGAAAACAGGACACGAAUUCGACGAUGGAAGCUUUUGCAAGGGUAGUGAUCUCCAUUUUGUAUUCUUUUUACGUUUAUCCACGACUUCCUUCACAUCGGAAAAGGUACUUGCAUAUACUUCCUAUAGCAAGCUUAAGCAGGAACUUACUCAGUAUUCUUCCCACGUGCUUAACUCUUCUUGAGUCCACACAGGUGAUUACCUCCAGGCCGCUCUGCAGGGUAUGGAACUCGACGUCUUCAUAUCAAAUCUUAUCCUGCUCCAAGCCGAGGAGGAGGAGCCAGAGGGAGUCACAGCUAUGCAAAUGCUCAAUGCUUUGAGGGUACAACUCUUAUAUUUAUGAUGUAGAUCUUCGUUUAGUUCAUCAAGUAUUAUGUUGAUGUCUUCUUCAAACACACUGGUUCUGGUUCACCUUCACUACUCAACCAAACCGCUACCACCACCACCACCACCACCACCACCACCACCACCACCACCACCACCACCACCACCAGACUCAAGAAUUCGGUGAGCGUUAUGAGCGCGCUGAAAUCGAUAUCGCCGAAAGUAUCAUCGUAGCAAUCUGGCAGCAGACUUGGUGGACACCAAGAAUUGAAGCCCACACCUUCAUCCGCUUCGAGGAGCUCCAAAAGCUGGCGGGCAAAUUGAAGAAAUAUGGUACUUACUUCCAUAGAACAGUUGUACUUGGUAGUCCAAGUUGGAUAUUUCUAUUUCUUGAGUCAGUACUAAAAAUGCUAGUUGUACUUCUUUCAUCGAUGCGUCUACUAGUUCUUCUACUGACAUAAAAAUUAAAGUAUUCGAAAACUGAAAAUAAGCGAGCUACUGACUGAAAUAAGAGAGUCUUGACUACAUUUCUCUUCUUUCAGUAUCUCCCUUAUUUUCAAUAGUUACCCGGUUAUUUCAGUUUUUCGAAUCUAAACUUCUCUGAAAACUGGCAGUUCUUUACGCACAUGAUGAAAGCCUCUCCUCCCACCCCUCAGACAUUGCCACAAGGCGAAAGCUCGCUCAAAGAAUGCUCGAAAAAUGGGAUAAGAUCUACGACCAUUUCUGGAUUGUGAAGGAAGCCGCGGACCAAUCAGAGUUGGAAAAACGAGACCUAGAGUCCAUAGACAAGAAAAAACGCGCCAAAGAUGGUGAAGGUGGAGACUCAGAGACGAAAAUCGAUAAAGUCGAUUCCUACGAUGUCGCUGUGCCAAGAGCGGAGAGGGGGAUUGUGCCGAAGGUACUAUUUCGAAGACGAAGUUGUAUGUCGAAAAACGAAUUGAUUCUUCUUGAAGACAAAUCACAGAGAGAAGAAUGAAUAAUGUCGUGACCUUCAUUUUUCUAACCGAGUUUCUUCAUUUUUUUCCUUCAGGUAACAUUUGGUAAGUUGCUUUACCAGCUGACAACGUCCCUCGAGGAUGCCCAGAAAGACCAAAGAAGUUAAGGCUUGCCGGAAUUCAUCUUAAGAGGCAUCCUUGAUCGUUGGGCACGAUUUCAAGGGGAAUUCACGUGGUCAAAGAUGCACUUUACAAGAUGAUGAAUAUCGGUAAGCAAGGUCUAAAGAAGGGCCAGCGUGAUGAAGAAGGGCAGCAAAGAGAAAGCGUCCAAGAGCAAGGGCUAUGAGGAACUGUUGGAUCCGAAGAACAUUCAGGACAGUGACAAGAAGACGCCACCACUUCUCACCAAAGACGAAGCGACGGAUUUACUUCUUCUAGUACAUUGGUGGGGAGACAAGGCUGGUGUAUCGUGUUUGUCGGCGAUUGACAUGGUGGACAGCGAGACAAUGAAAACAGCGUUGGAGGAGAUCUCCAAUAAAGAGGACGACAUCUUCAUCAACCAUCACGAAAGCCCUAGCUGGCUUUUUGGGGUGCCAGACAUGAUGAAGGAUUUCUUCUGCGUGAACCUGUUCUGCGUCGACGAAUCUAUUGCGCAUCGAAGUAGUGACUUUUUAGUGCCGGCAUUUGCGCUGUUUCCGGAAAAGGAUUACUGCGUGAUCACCCAGCCGCACACAUCGCAGAUGACGCCUUUUUUGUCGCAGUUUAGCAUAGUCACGCCUCGUGCCAGCAAUACUUUUGGGCAUGUGCUUUUCGUGCUCCAUCGCGCUUGCUGCGCAACGACGGUUUCACCAACAGUCCGACACUUGUCUAGUGGGGAGGACGUCGAACGAGUAGAAAAGGUCAUUGAGGGCAUGGACGAUGUCGAUACUGUGGCCGAAAGUAUUCAAGCAGCAUUAGGCGAUGACGAGGCGGAGACAUUGUUAAGGCUCGUGUCACCAUUUAGGUUUUUGGGGUCACCAGGCAUUUUUUAGAUUUUUGGGGUCACUGAGAUCGAGGACGAGGGUCUCCCGUGAGAGAACAGGGGAAAUAGAUGAAGGGAAAAGGAGAAAUAAGCUCUGCAAGGGGCCUCGGUUGUCCCUUCGGCAUCAGUGAUCACUGACUUUCGACCUUUAACAUUGCUAGUAGAAUUUGACGGCCAAGUCAUCGGCGUAGUCGGCACUUCACCAGCACAGAAGACGUAUCUGAAUAGUCUCAGAUGUGUCUACCAUGUCGACAGAGCGUGCAUACCAGAGAUGAACACUUUUGGAUUCGUCGAUUUUUUCGUUCUCAACCCGAUUUUCAACAUAUAUUAAGGGUAGGUUUUAGGAGGUGUUCGUGUUACAGCCGUUUGUUUUGACUCUCCCAGAGGGGAAGUAAGAGCAUAACAAACGGGAAGUAAGAGCGACCACCAAAACGACUCUACCUCUAAAUAUACCGAAAGAAAGUGCUUCAUCAAGUCCAACUUUUGACCGGGUUGACCUGUUUGUUGUACGAGAGCAGAUUGCUACCACUCACAGCAGAGGAGAAAGCGGACAGGGCUAAGCAGGAGUCAGAAGACAAGUUGGGCCUCACUCCAGGCUCACCCAAAGGUGCUGGCGUCGGUCGUAAUACGUCACUCACUUCAGCGGGAUCUUCGCAGCCUGCCGCUAUACCACCAGGUCUAUCGAAAAAGGAAGUCCUUGCCCUGAGGCAAAGCGCGGGGGAGAGAGAAAAACAAGCACAAGCAGAAGCAGAGGCGAAAGAGAAAGCUUAUGUCCUUGUGUGCUCGGUGGACUUGAACUUUUGAAUUUGAGUAGUUUGAUGAUAUUCAAGAAUCACGCAAGAGAAACUAGUACGUGUGUAAAAAGCUCCAGUCUCCUAGUUCUACUACCUUUCGUGCUCAUCUAAAGCCUGCAAAAGCAAGAGAUGGAGCGAUCGAGCUUCCGGAGGGAUGUGGAUGCGGAUGGGAAUGUGCUGCCUUUGAGUCAAGUUGUCAAGGAGAUGACGCAGAUACCUCCAAGGACAGAGCCGUGUUUGAUCGUCGGAGGAAGGCCGAGCACUAUUAAAGCAGAGGUAAAUCAAUAGAACAAUACUUUCACAUCGAUAAAUUCAACAACUUGCAUUGGGUGAUCAUUAAAUUCAAUGAGGUUCGUUUUAUAGUUCAGCAACUUUCCAAAAGAAGUCGUGUCAUCAGAACAAAUAUUUUCAAUAGACAUGCACGACCAACAACAUACCAUUUUAUCAGUACCACAUGAAAUACAACUUACUGCACUGUUCUGGUAUUCGGGAACCUGAAAGAAUUCGAUCCCAAGGGUUCUCUUGUUGCUUGCCCUUGUGAUCUUCAAAAGGAGGCUACCAAAUAAUUCCAGAACUAUUCUUCACUCACUACAACAAAAGGCCGCGACUUUUGCCAGUCUUCCUCUCGAGCCGGUGCAGCAAGAACUAGACUUCCAAAAGAGAGAAAGGAUAAUGCAUUAAGGGUAGGUUAAAGGUGCUUUUCUUACCGCUUUUUAUGCCUCUCCUAAGGGAGAAAUGCAUAAAAAGCGGGGGAACCCGCGAGCACCAAAAACCUACCUCUAAAUGCAACAUGCUGUGAAGAACGGCCUUUCGCUAGUAUCGAGGCCACUCCUAUCGCAACCGAAACUAGCAGUGAACGCUAGGAUAGUAGUAGUGGGAGCUAGUAACACAGGCCUCAGCUUCUUGCUAGCGCUACUGAUGCCGCAGUACCAGCAUCUGCAGUUCAACUCCUUGACUCUGGUGGCGCCGGAACUGAAGUACUUAUAUAUAAUUCUUGAGUAGAGUAUUUUUAUUUAGUUUGACUUUGACCUCCACGUUGCAUUCUGGAUAAGGUAGUAGUUUUCUGUACAUCAGGGGGACUAGAACAUACCUAGUACUUGUGGCACCAUAAUUCUCCAGAACAAAAGUAUCCAUAAUUUUUCAAGAAACUACCUCCACAAAAUCUUCCUCCACAGUCCGAUUAGCGGCAGUUCCAAGGCUCCGUCUUUGCGUGCACUAUCCGAAAUAGACCCGAAUAUUCUACGAAGACUUAAAGCCGACGUCAGAGUCCGCUUUAUUCGAGGUCGCGUCAAAGAGAUUGACCGCGCUCAGAGAUCCCUCGUUCUGGAUAACGAUAGGCAUGCCUUGCUUCCUUAUGACUUUUUAGUGCUUACUCCUGGCCUCCAGGACUGCACGUUAUCGUUACCUACGAUUGGUUUGCGGAGUUACGGGUUCGAUAGACUCGCGAUAUGGCAGAUAGAGACGGCGCAAGUGAAAGCCGAAGCACUUGUCAGGAAGAAGAGGGAGGCAGUGACGGAGAAGGAGGAGAGGUUAUGACUUGAGCAUGUGGAUUUUAUCUGCUCGGUCCUCUAGGUGGGGCAUUUUAUUUCGGUCUUCUAGCUGCUGCUGGUAAUAUGCGAGCUGCCAGUUGGCUUUGAUACUUAUAUUUGAAUCAGUUGGACGAAUGGAGGAAAUAUCUUCAUUCUCACUGGUCUGAAUGACCAUGACGCGACACAAGAAAUGCAUGCUAGUUCCCGUCGUAACUACAGGUAGUAACUGCUGCUACCAGUAGUAGUUAGAACUCCCCACGCACGACAUCAUCCUCGUCUAAUCUGGGAUCGUAGUCGUGCUCAAUCACGAGAAAACAGCAAGAGGAAAGGCACAAGUCGCGAGCGGCAAGAUGCUGAUGCAGAGCUGCUAGCGGCAAAGGCUAGAGCUGAUGCAGAACGACUAGAGGAGGAGAGACUAGAGGUAACCCGACCAGUGCUGUUUGGAGAUGAGCCAGCAACUGUGAAUGGCGUUCUGUCAGUGGGGGAUCCAAGAUUAGCGGACUUCUUUGCACAGAGCGGGACAUUUGUGAAGUUACGAACAAGCAGAUGAUUUAAGUAGCAAUAUUAACUUUGUUAAGUCGUUUAUCUUAUUUCAUCUGCGCUCACUGCAGCUGCAAUAAUUAUUUCGUCCGUUCCUUUGCCAAAAAGAAAACCAGCAUCUUUAGGAAUGCAUUACUCUCUUUCUUGGAUUAAAAUGCUUCAAUUAUUCCCCUACGUCUAGGAAUCGCCACACACAGGAGGUAGGAACUUGUUGUUUUUCGCUUCCCUAUUGAUGCCGAGCGUCUUCACGAAGCUGUUUCAACUAGCCUCACGGACUAAGAACCGCUUCUUGGCUUUUCUUCUGGACCCCUACAUAGUCGCGGCUUUGCUGGAGGCGUCAAAUUGCUUCUUGGUGAUUCCAUCCUACGUCUAGGAAUCGCCACACACAGGAGGUACUUCGAUGUCGAUUAAUUGUAUUCGCAUAACAAGAAGUUUUUUGAUCCACACGCAUACUCUCUAACCCUCGCUUUGAUCUGGAACCCCUUGACCGUUAUCUGCGUGUAUGGAUGGAGCCUUGAGGUCUACACCGCAGUUCAGGGCUUGUUUCUGAGGAAUGUGCCCAGUUCCAAGAUCAUCCUAGUCCAGCCACCCCAAGAAGACGAAGAGGUGCUACCAAAGGAGAUAGCAGCAAAGAUGGAGGACGUCUUGGCCCGGAAGCAGAUUAAGAUAUACAAGGGUACUCUGAUGUCUGUUCUUAUGUAUAGAAGUGGUACGCUCACCAGAUUGUUGUAUGCUCUAGUACUUGUAGCAUGUAGAAGUAGUAGGCACGACCACGACCAUUCUGGCAUGCUAUUUAUUGAGCUUGCGUAUGAUGUUGACUCCUUCAAGCUGUUUAAAAAAUAAAGCAAAGACUAGUAGACAAGAUCGAUGAUAUUCAUCUCAACCGUUUCAUACAGGUUUCAAGCUUAACCGUGUUGAAUUAGACGGUCGCGACCGCCUUAGUUCCAUUAUUUUAGAGGAAUACGAGGAGAACAAGGAGCCCGGUCUCAACUUCCUAGAGACUCGUUCUGCGUCAGGUCGAAGAGAAUGCGCAAUUAUGAAAAGAAAAUCUGUUAUCAUUAUCAAGUUUUUUAAGUAGAAAAGUAUGAUAAUGAUAACAUAUUUUGGUUUCAUAGCAAUGCCUUGUAGGAUACUCCUCACUGCGGACCAGAAGGACGUGGACCCAGACAUCUUCAAUGCACUACAUGGUAACGGUCUCGUCUAUGAUGGAGGGCUCAUAGUAGACAACUCUUUCCAGACGACGGACGAGCGCAUAUUUGCAGCAGGACCUUUGGCUGAAUUCGAGAGGUCUGCGCAGAAAGAACACGUGCCAGACCGCAGACUGCUCAGGCACGAUGGCUACAACGGAAGCGAGGUGGGGAAGUACCUAGCGGAAGCAGUACUGGAGAAAGCGUUACACGGUAGUGCGGGAGAUGGAGCGACGGCGUCAAGUAGUAGCAGUGAGAAGUUAAGGACAAAUGACACUUGAGGAGGUUCUGUGUUUUCCGGAAGAUUUGCGAUACGUCAUCAGAUUGUAGAGCUAGAGAGUGAAAUAUUCUUGAAUAGAAGCCGCGAAACAGCAUCAUGAGCAUCUUAGACUUACUUAGUCUUACUUAGUCAAAAUAUUUAUAAAAACAUCAAAGCAAACUCUAUCUCUAACCUCCUUCUCCUACAAGAAGCUUAACAUGCCGAUUCUGCGAGGUGGAGUCCUUCCCGGAGGACUCAAAUAUUACCAAGUCGUAGUGCCAAGAGGCGUCCUCGCAGACACGCCACCUGAGGAAAUGAUCACGGACACCCUAGAUCUGGACUUCUUUACCGGACACUUGUGCAUUAUAAGGUACAACUUCAUCUAGUACUUGUGGUUGCGAUCAUUUCCCAGGAGGAGCUAGACUUAUCUUUUCUCUAUGCAGUAAGUAUACAGGGGUAAUAUUAUUUUGUUCUUAAUUUUCUUUUUCCCUACUAGUUGGUCCUACCUAGUUGGUCCUAAACACAAAGCGACAUUUUAUCCAUAUCCACCACAAUUGCCACGCAAAGAAAAAACGAAGGUGAACCAACAUCUCCCAUGACCUCCAGGUACAACCCCUCACGCAUGCACGUGACCGAGUUCCUCUACCUAGGGUAUCAAGAACUCCACAAGCACGCUCUCUUCCACAUAGUCGGAACGCAUCUGAGUUAUCUUUACGGCUACAACCGCGGAAGCAUCCUCAGCAUCCUCAUUCAUCUUGGCCCUGUUUCUACUUGAAAAAUGGGCCAAGCAGGAUGUAUGUACCCAGGGAUGCUAACGCGGUAGCUCUAAUACCUGAACAAGCUCCACACGCGCUAUGCAUCUGCUAUGGCAGCAGGAGAGCAUUUCGAUUUGAUCGAAUUUUUGUCCGAUUCGUGGGCUGGAGCGUUUUUCCAUGACGAAUUCUUUCACAAGUUCGUGGCAGAGACGAAGAAGUUAUGGUUCAUUUGUGAUUUGGUGUGGUUUUGAUCUUCCCGAUAAAGUCGCUUUUCGGACGAUCCAUCCCAGGGACGAGAAAUGGCGUCCUGCAGCUCUUUAUUUUUCACGUGUUCACAUGUUACCGACCGAGACCACAUCAAUCUUACUUGAUUAUUCACGGGUGAGACCACACUUUGAUUAUUCACGGGAGACCACAUCAAUCUUACUACUUGUGGCAGUCUGCACUGAACUUUGUGCGAAAAAUACGCAGGUAGGAUUUGAUUUAUCGGAACUCGCUCGCAAAAUACGCGGGUAGGUUUUGACUUAUCGGAACUCGCUCGCACUACAAAAAAAAAAAAAGCGAGAUAAAUUGCAUUGUAUUGUAUUGUAUAGGGCUCCUCCCACUACCUCUAAGAAAAGCCCUUCGAGAUAAGCGAAUGCUGGCGGAUGAGGAGAAGACCGAGGCAGCCAUCCAGGAGAGGAUGAUGCUUUAUUUGAAGGAGACAAAACGUCUGAGCAAGGUCAGCAACUACUAUUUAGGGGAGCAGAAUUAA